CUUCAUAUAACCCAUUCUUCAUUAAAACUUUAUAUAUCUCAAUCCCUUUGUUUCAUACUAUUCCAAGAGGAUUUCUGUAACAAGAGGAGCAUAACAAACAUGGGUUUUCUUGCAAAAAUUGCAAUGAGUUUUGAUGCACUAAUUGGGCCCGGGCUGAUGCUUUUGUAUCCGCUGUAUGCAUCAAUGCGAGCUAUCGAAAGCCCUUCAACAUUAGACGAUCAACAAUGGCUGACAUACUGGGUUCUUUACUCAUUGACAACUCUCUUUGAGCUCUCCUGUUGGAGAAUCCUUCAAUGGCUUCCAUUCUGGCCGUACGUGAAGCUCUUAUUCUGUAUGUGGUUGGUGCUACCCAUCUUCAAUGGCGCUGCGUACAUCUACGAGAAUUAUGUUCGUAAGUAUGUAAAGAUGGGCUUGUCCGUUAACCACAUUCACCCUGAGAGCCACCGAAAAGUGCUGCAAAUGAUGUCGCUUGAUGCACGGAAAUCUGUUGAGCGCUACAUCGAGAGAUAUGGACCUGAGGCAUUUGAGCGAGUUGUUAGAGCAGCCGAAAAAGAGGCAAAGAAGCAAAACUAAGGAUGAAAAUUACGUAGCCCUUUUUUUUUUCUAUAGAUCAGUUUGUAAAUUGAUUUCAUUUCACUAGCCUGAUUGGCUACUACAGAAACGAUGUGUAUAAUAUAUAUGUAUAUACGUAUAAUGUAAUAUUUUUACAAAAAAUCAUGAACGAUAAAGAAUACAACAAAAAUCUAUGGAAUGAGGUAAUUGACACCAAAUUACAGAACAUUCUUGUUCCAGUUUACAAACAUCAAAUUAUAGAUCAGUUUGUAAAUUGAUUUCAUUAGGUUGUAUGAUCC